AUGCCACCUAGAAAAUCCGAUCGAGUCAGAACAAUCGAGAGUCAGUCCGGCAGACCCAACUAUAGUGAUACCACCCGAAGAGCAAGCUCAGUCAGCUCAGUCCCAGGGCGACGCAAUGCAGGAGGACCUACCGGCAGAGCAGUUACCACCGACGGUCCCCCAAGAGCAACAGCGACUACUGAUCUCCCUCCACGAGCACAAUUUCAAGAAUUGGAAAUCAGCCCAAGACUCCAACCCCAACAAUACCCGUCAGAUCGAGAUCUUUCUCGGAUUGUGGAAGAUGUCGCACGACGCCCUGACGACGAUCCUAGGGAAGGAGGAAGUCCAGAAAGGGAGCUUAGGCUGGGAUCCGUAUGUCAAAGAGAAGAAGAUGUUAGCGAAAACGAGCAACGGGUUUAUAGGACUGAACCAGAACCCUCACGGAUCAACCAACCCCAACAGACCUUAUCAAUCCCCAGAUCAGAUCGAGACUCAAGAGCCGGCUCAAUCGACUUCAUCAGCAGGCCCAAUGAGGAACGACAACCACAGACAGACCAAGGAACCCUACAAGAGACCACCGCAAGCGGAGGAAGACGCCCAGAACAUGCACUCCAUGCUAGCAUUCAGCAAGGCGUACUAUCGAGCGGUGAAAGGGAUCAACAAGUCCAAAGGGAAAGGACAUCAGAAGAACCCGAAAGACCAAUCUUCUCACAAGUGAAAAGUAUUUUUACGUCUACCCCAAGUCCGUUUCUAUCCUCUAAACGUAUCUUAUGUGAUCAGAGACCAGUUAUAGAUCAUCAUGUAACUAGUAUUCCUAUGAGACAAGUAGAAGAUAUAAGAGUUGUUCAACCAACUACGGGUUGUAACCACAUAGGUUACCAGACUGAAAACUAUGAUUGUAAUAAUAUUGAACCGUUUGAGAGUUCCUCAUUGACCAGAGAGCAAAGUGAGCCAGUGAAAAAUACACUGAAGAAUGAGCCUACACCUGAGAUGAUGAGCGAACGUUGGGCAAUUGACAAUAAUAAAGUAACAAGUAAUACUGAUAUUCGAAAAUAUCAGCUCCAUAAGACAACUCAUAAAUCAGAGACAAAUGCAGUAAAGCAAAACGAACACGAGAAGAUUUAUUGCGAAAAAUUCCAGCAGGAAAAUGCGGAGAAUGCGAUUGUGAGAGAAUCAUCGAGGCGCAAGGACGAGCAUGCAAAGAGAUGA